CAUCUAAAAUUUAAUCAAAAUACAAAUUAAGCAAAAAUGGACGAAUGUGUAAUAGAAAUUAACGAUUCAGUCAUAACUAUUGAAAGUGAGGCUGAUGGAGAAGACGGCGAAGUCAGAGAGGUGUCUUCAGAUGACGUUACGGAAGUUAUAGAAAUAAAGGAAGAUGAAAAAAAAGUACAGGAAGGUAAUAAAGAUGUAUUGGUAUUUGAGGUCAACUUUCGCAAUGCUGAUGAUUACAAUAAACUACAGUGCCGCCUAUUAAAAGCAUUAAGCAGAACAUUCACUGAAGAAGGAUUAGUUUUCCAAACGAGCGCAACAAAACCAAGCAUAGGGGCUUAUAAAAAAGCACCCACAGCUCUUCCCGAUAGUGAUUUAUUCCUGGUGGAUACAGCGCCAGCGGUAAAGUUAAAUGCGUCUCAAGUGCCUUCAUAUAAACGCUGCCAUACUGAUGUACUUGACGAGGACACACCAAAUCGUAAGAAACUUAAGGCGGAUGCGGUUAACAAAUGCUUACGGCCAAAAGUGCAGUCAUCCUGCUUCAAUUGCGGUGAGGCUGGUCAUGGACUACGUGAAUGCACAAAGCCACGUAAUCAAAAUAGAAUACAGAAAGCACGCAAGAAGGCUGUUCGCGUGCAACGCUACCAUGUGGAUACGGAGCAACGUUUUGCACACAUACGACCUGGCAAGAUUAGCACCAAAACACGUCAUGCUAUGGGCUAUGGACGCAAUGAGUUGCCCUUUAUGUUCUAUCGCAUGCGUGUGCUGGGCUAUCCACCCGCCUGGCUGGAAGAAGCCAAGGUGCAGGGAUCCGGCAUAGCGCUCUUUAAUGCGGAUGGUACCGAAGUUCAAAAACCUGAUGUGGAGGACGGCGAGGAGGAUAGCUUCAAAUUUGAUAUCAACAAAAUUAUAGAAUUUCCUGGUUUUAAUAUGGUGCCGGAUAGCAAGUUUUUUGAUGACUAUCAACAUCACAAUGUACCACCGCUCUUGAAGGAACAGCUUAAGGACAACUUUAUUAAAUCGCUGGGCGAUAAUGUGAUCAAGGGUUAUAAGCGCAAGAAACUGUUGGAUUUGCCUACAGCGCACGAUGCUGAUUCCCCAACGCUGGAAAAUAGUACAAACUGUGUUCCUCACGACAUGGAUAUGGAUGACGCAGAGGAUGCACCACAAACAUUACAGCCACCAUUGCCUUUAGAGCCAGCCAAGUCCGACGUACCUGCCCCGCCACUCUCAGCUGAAGAAGUAGAAACUCCGCGUAGCAGUUCACCAACGCUUGACGAUUUAAAAGCCCAACAGGACCAGCUUUUGCAACAAUUAGAGACCAAUACAACAUUGAACACAACUACGGACACAAGUAUGGCAGAACCAGAGGCAUCACCUGUUAAGGUGUCCACACCCUUUAAAGGUCCUUCUAUUGAAGGCACGCCAAUUCUAAAGUUCUCUGUAUAUGACAAGCUGCCGGUGGGCGAUAAUUUCAAAGCUGGAGUCAGCGAUGUUAUUAACUUUGAGAAUCUACCCGAUUCGACGGGCAAAUAUGAACAAAUGAAGGGUGUGCUAAAGAACAUACGCCAACGCAUGGAGCAGCUACAAAAUGCUGACGAUUAAGGAAUUAAAUAAUAAUGUUUUCCAAGUU